GAAUUUGCCAUUGUGAGAAAGGCAGAAACAUGAAGAGUCUGGCGAGCGUGAGCAGCAACGGUGGGAGGCUGUCGACGGAAGAGAAUGAAGAGGAUGAGAAAUCGAGAUUGGUCAUCUCUUCUCUUCAAGCUAGAGAAGAAGAGAUUCUGAGGAAGAAAAUGGAAGUGAAGGAGAAAGUUGAACUUCAACUCGGCCGCGCUGAAGAAGAAUCCAGGCGAUUGGCACAAAUCUGGGAAGAACUGGAGGAGCUGACGGAUCCUCUCAGAAAGGAAGUUGCAAUUGUGAGGAAAAAGAUUGAUAUUGCUAACAAAGAGCUAAAGCCAUUGGGACAGAGCUGCCAGAAGAAGGAGAAAGAAUACAAAGAAGCCAUGGAAGCCUUCAAUGAAAAGAAUAAAGAAAAAGCUCAGCUGGUUGCAGCACUCAUGGAGAUGAUGACAGAAAGUGAAAGACUGAGGAUGAAGAAACUGGAAGAGCUCAGCAAGAACAUAGAAUCUAUACAUUAAGAUGGCUUGAUCUUCAGCAAAAGAAAAUGCUUGUGUGCUUGUAUUUAGUAUAAUAUUUUUCAUUACGUUUGUUCAUCGAACUCAGGUAAUAAAAUUAUCAAUUCAACAUUUCUAUUUCAAAGUAAACCACAUUUACUUGUGUCUAGGGUCUAAGGUCAAGAAUUUUAUUAAGCAUGAUAUAAACAA